AUGGAGCUUGCGAGUGGUGUGGAUUAUAUAAUCCGCGGCUCUCGGAGAGACAUAGAGCGUCUUCUUUGUCUCCCAAAGCCAACAAUAACCCUAACACCAUACAAAAGCAGAUGCUCUGAUUUGGGUUGGAGGGAAGAUGGGCAAGAUGCAGUGACGACGCCAAAGGGAUUGGCAGAAAACCUUGGGGAGAUGAGAAGCAGCCAUGUGCUUGUAGAGGACUGCGAGCUGAUGGAAUACUUUGGAUACCUGGGCGAUCUGAUGUACCUGAAGAGUAGAGGCGUUUCAUUUGUUCUUUUGAAUGUGCAGAGAAUUCCUAAGUUUGUUGAGGACCCCGUUUUUUUGUCUAGUAAUAGGUGUUUUAUAAGGGCAAUUGGUGAUGAAAGAUACGCUGUAAUUUUUGCGCUGUGCAGGAUUUACAGGAGCAUACGUGUUAUAUGCAAGGAUGUGGAGAGGGUGAGAAUGUUUUCCGAGAUUUUCAAGCUGAGCUUAGAUGCUGUGAGCCACGGGUCUGGCAUGGAGGGAGGAGGUGUUGUUGUUGUGAUGGAUAGGUUUGUGGAUGUUGAAUGCGAGAAACUAUUUUAUAUUGGAAGAGAGUGCAAGGGAAUGAAGACGGUGGUGCUGGAUAUGAGUAAGAUUGGAAAAUUCCUGUAUAGGAUCAGGGACGUGUGCAAUAUGCUCUCUCCCGCAGUCGUCAGGGGAAGAAAGGAAUUCAACAUCAAUAGAUUUCAUGAUAUCGAUAAAUAG